AAUUAAUUAUUAUUACUAGUACGCCUAAACGAAGCAACCUUUACAAUCACAAUCACAAAAUCUUCAUCUUCAUCUUCAUCUCAUCUGCGUUAGGGUUACGAAUAAUGGAAGACAUGAAGCAAAUUUUAUCCAAUAAAAUUGACAAAUCGCAACUCAAACCAGGAGAUCACAUCUAUUCCUGGCGUACGGCUUGGAUCUACGCUCAUCACGGAAUAUAUGUUGGUGAUGAUAAGGUGAUCCAUUUCACCCGGGGCGGUGGUCAAGAAAUUGGCACCGGAACAGUGUUGGACCGUAUUAUCGUAAGCUCAUCGCCCUCAAACUCCGGCGACCCUUGUUUAAAAUGCGGUGACAUGUCAAACGCUGACGGCGUCAUUGCAUCAUGUCUCAACUGUUUCCUAUCUGGCGGUGACCUUUAUUUAUUCAAAUAUUCAGUCUCUCCUGCCAUCUUCCUUGCCAAAGCUCGAGGCGGAACAUGCACUCUUGCUCUUUCUGAUCCACCCGAGGAUGUCAUUCACCGUGCACAGUUCCUCCUCGAAAACGGUUUCGGUGUGUACAAUAUUUUCAAAAACAACUGUGAGGAUUUUGCGAUUUAUUGUAAGACGGGGUUGCUCGUUUUCACAACCAUCAGUGUGGGACGAAGCGGGCAGGCAGCUUCGUUUCUAGCAGCGACUAGUGCUAUUUUUUCAUCUCCUCUUCGUUACCUGACCACUAGUUUUUCUGGUUUGGCUGUCGUGGGGUGUGGUAUAUACUGUGUAAGUAGGUUCGUUGCCGACAUUGGGAUUCGGCGUGAUGUGAAUAAAAUCUCCGUUGAGAGGCUUGUUGGGUGCACCCGUGAAGCUUUGGUUGAAGGGGCGAUGGACCUGCAGACUUGUGUGACGAAGGUUGAAGAGACUCGGGCUUUGGUUACGCAAAAUACCGAGGUUCCAGUUGAGCGAGUCGAGGUGGCUCAAGCUUGUGUUGUAUCGGGUAAGGUCGAAUGAUGGUAAAGGAAACGGAUAUGUUCUUGAACAGAAGAAAGGAAUUGUUAUUACUAUUUUAGAAGUUUUAUAUGGUGUUUGCUUAUAUGUUGUAGCGAUGCUUGUGAUUUAACUUUAGAUUGCUACUAUUAUGUGUGGGGUUAUUACAUUGUGUGGAAGCGUUGGUUUGUGUUUUUACUAUUUUUAAAAACUGUUAUGGAGAACACACAAAGCCGAAUUGAAGUUCGAA